GGCUGAUUAUUUAGCGUCCUACGUCUACAAGUGACGCUAUUAUAAAGAAUUUUAGAAUUUUAGAAUGAAGUUGCCGUUAUUUUGGAGUAUAUAAUUAUAAAAAGAAUACAAAGUUUUGGCUAAACAUUACAGCUUUUUAAUACUAUCAGCAAGAUGGCUACACCAAACAGCUACAAACAAAACACAUCUAUGUCAAUGCCGAGCCCCCAGACCAAUCCGCACUACAUGAUUGCGGGCCCCCCAAUGAGUUUCGGUAUGAUGAAAGGCGGUAUGAAUGCACCGCCCCACCAUAACCAAUACCAGUACCACCCGCAAUACCAGGGCGGGCCGGGCAUGGGCCCGCCGGGUGGGUACGCGUGGCAACAACACCGUUUCGGUGCAGAAAGCGCGCGACGCACGGCGGGCGCGGCCACGCAAGCCAGCAAGGAUGACAAGACGAGCCCCUUCGUCUCCAGCAUACACUCGCACCCUGGCUUCCAACCGCAGAAGAUCGGCAAGGGCGCUGGCGGGGGUGCCGGCCUCCCUAAACCACCGAAGCCGCCAGAAAAGCCCCUGAUGCCGUACAUGAGGUAUUCACGCCGAGUAUGGGACAGCGUGAAGGCAGCCAACCCAGAUCUCAAACUCUGGGAGAUCGGUCGCAUCAUUGGAGGAAUGUGGAGGGACCUGCCGCAAACAGAAAAAUACGCGUUCGUCGAUGAAUACGAAGCUGAGAAGUCGGAGUACGAAAAGAGCCUGAAGACGUACCACAACUCGCCUGCGUACCUCGCGUACAUCGCCGCGAAGAACAAGGCCGUUGGUAAGGUUGGUAACUUAGAAGAAGAAAGCUCAACCAAGAAAGGAGCGUCUCAGAAGGAAUCACAGCAGCAAGACAGGAGAAUUGACAUACAACCUGCGGAGGAUGAAGAAGACCAAGACGAGGGUCUAUCGGUGAAGCACGUGGCAUACGCGCGUUAUCUCCGCAAUCACCGCCUCAUCAACGAGAUAUUCUCCGACACGGUGGUGCCAGACGUCCGCUCAGUGGUCACCACUGCGCGCAUGCAGAUUUUGAAGAAACAAGUUCAGUCACUGACGAUGCAUCAGAAGAAACUAGAAGACGAAUUGCAGCAGAUCGAAGAGAAGUUCGAAGCAAAGAAGCGCAAGUUCGUCGAGAGCAGCGAAUCCUUCCAAGAGGAAUUGAAGAAGCACUGCAAGCCAGCUGUAGACGACGAUACGUUCAGUCGCAUGGUGGAGCGAGCAUUGGAACAACUGCGACGAGGUGUCAACCCUGGCUCCGUACCGCAUCAGCAGACUAGACCACACGAGCCAAUGGAGCAAGAUCAAAACGCGAUCAAGUCCGAGUCGGGACCCAACGCGCCGACCCAAGUGGAUAAAGUGUCCACCACAGAAGUAAAACCCGAUAGCAACGUUACCACAGAGCUGAACAAACCUGAGCACAAAGAACCUCCUCCGGAGAGCACUGCACAGGACAAUGAAGGUCCAGUCGACCGCAAAGAAGAGAAGCCGCUAGAAAUGAAAGUGGAAAACAAGGACGCCCAGUUGCCACCGACCGCUGGACCCCCGCAGCCGCAACCGCAGAUAACGUCACCGCCGCAUCCACCAAUGAUGAUGCCUCCGAACCCUAACGCGCCAAAUCACCCCGCGCCGCCGCACGGGGGCCCGCCGCCGCCUCCAGGAGGAUACGGUGCUGCACCGUAUGGUCGAUACUACCCCGGUUACGCGGGGGGAUUCCCCGCCUACCCGCACUACUACCCGCCCGAACACUACCCCCCGCAUCACGAGUUCAAGCCCGAGGAGCCACCAGCUAAAAAGGAGUCCGAAUGAUUGUCACCGAAGCGCGUCGUGAAGCGACGCAGGAAAUCUGCGACCAAAGACGCGCAGUAAAGUGACGUAACGUGAUACGUGAAUGUCGACCGUCUUAUUAAUAAACAAACCUAUUCGCUUGCCUUAACUGCACGAAGAUCGGAAACUGAAUUUUCAUUUGAUACCCAAAUAUCACGUGUUUGAAGCGCCUUAAUUUAGGUUUUCCUAAAUAAAAGUAGCCCAUGCAAAAUAUUUCAUACCACUGCUGCAUGAAAUGCAUUCUUUACAUACAGACACUGUUACAAUUUUAUAUUAGUAUUUAUAUUAAUGAUUAUUGAGGUAAGAUUACUGGGAAAAAGAUUUUUGUAUUACACUUAAGCGUCGUUUUCAACGUCAACGUAAAUAUUAUCAAGUUCAAAUAAAGUGCGAAAUAUGUUUAUCAAUAAGACGGUAUUUAAUUUUGAAUGAAGUAAGGACAUUAAAUUAGUGUUAUUGUAAAGGGGAAAAUAAAAGGAAUUAAUGGAAUUAUCGUGGAUGCAUUAAUUAGAUUGGUAAGGUUGGAAACAUUGAUAAGACCACGUGGCGUGCGGUAACGACCAGAUAUAUUAUGUAGAUAAGCAUCGCGUGUAAACGGGUCGAGCGUAAAUGAUGGUUUCAUCUGCGAAUUGUGGACUCCUAACCUAUAUCGGUUUUUUUUGUAAAAUGAAUAUCUGUACAGAUAACUAAUAGCAACGCGUGUCUAUUUACAAAAUGCACUUAAAAGACUGCAAUUGUUUGUUAUACGUAGAUUAAAAAACUUCAACUCACUUACUGUCUAGACUCCUUAUCUGAAAACCAAAAAGCCUUCUCAAUCUGUAGAUAUGUUAUCCAGUUUUUACGAAUCAUCCGGUGUAUUACGUUAUCUUAAUUAGUUAUAUCGCAACACUUUAUGCAACUGUUUUAAUACAAAACAUUUUUCACAAAUUAAAAAUAAAAACUUGUUUUUAUCUCUUGUUUGAUUGAGGGAUCAGAAAAGGGUUUUGUAUUGAAACAGUUUUGCUAUAGAGUUCUUGUGAAGAUCCCGUUUUUGUAAUAUGGUGUAUUAAUAUUUUUACAUGGGUAAAUAAUUCGACUUAUAACUUUUGAUAUGUGAAAUUCGGUAAAACUGAAAAUGUAUCAAAAUAACAUAAUUAUUAUACACAUUAAAUAAAGGAUAAACAACAUCA